CCUGAGGCUGUGAGGAAUGGCGGGAGUUGAAGUCCAAAACAUCGGCAAGGCCCAAUUUUGCCCAUGUCUGAGAGAAAAUCCGUAUCGGGGAGGCCUGUGGCUGCACUGACCGCCUCUCUCUGAGCCUCGCCCCAGAGGAGGCCGCGGAGAGGCGUCGGCAGGAAGGGCGGGGCCGCCUCUGGAUUGCCGGCUUGGCCUUUCUUUCCGCCAUUCUUUCCCUCCGCCAAGGCCGGCCGAGAUGUUCAGCUGGCUGGGCAAGCAGGGCGGGCGCUCGCGGCCCGGCGAAGGCGAGGACGUGGUGGAGACGGUGACCGGAGGCCUGAAGGAGCUCUACGCCAAGAAGCUGCUGCCCCUCGAGGAGCACUACCGCUUCCAUGAGUUCCACUCGCCCGCCCUGGAGGAGGCCGACUUCGACAACAAGCCCAUGGUGCUCUUGGUGGGGCAGUACAGCACCGGGAAGACCACCUUCAUCAGGUAUCUGUUGGAGCAGGACUUUCCAGGAAUGAGGAUUGGUCCAGAACCAACUACAGAUUCUUUUAUUGCUGUCAUGUAUGGAGACACUGAAGGGAGUACACCAGGGAAUGCUCUUGUUGUGGACCCUAAGAAGCCAUUUCGUAAACUUGACCGUUUUGGAAAUGCAUUUUUGAACAGGUUCAUGUGUGCUCAGUUGCCUAAUCAGGUUCUGAAGAGCAUCAGCAUCAUCGAUAGCCCAGGCAUUCUUUCAGGCGAGAAACAGCGAAUCAGUAGAGGCUAUGAUUUUUGUGAGGUCCUACGGUGGUUCGGUGAGCGAGUUGAUCGCAUCAUCCUCUUAUUUGAUGCCCAUAAACUUGAUAUUUCUGAUGAGUUUUCAGAAGCAAUCAAAGCAUUCCGAGGUCAGGAUGAUAAAAUCCGAGUGGUGUUGAAUAAGGCUGACCAAGUCGACACUCAGCAAUUAAUGAGGGUGUAUGGUGCACUCAUGUGGUCUUUGGGGAAAGUGAUUAACACUCCAGAAGUAUUACGGGUCUACAUUGGUUCUUUUUGGGCCCAGCCCCUUCAAAAUACAGAAAACCGAAGACUGUUUGAGGCUGAAGCACAGGAUCUCUUCCAGGAUAUCCAGAACCUUCCACAAAAGGCAACUGUGAGAAAACUGAAUGAUCUCAUCAAGAGGUCACGACUUGCAAAGGUACAUGCUUAUAUCAUUAGCCAGCUGAAGAAAGAAAUGCCCUCUGUAUUUGGAAAAGAAGCUAAAAAGAAGGAAUUGAUCAGCAAGCUACCUGAAAUUUAUCGUCAGUUGCAACAAGAGCACCAAAUCUCACCAGGAGAUUUCCCAGAAGUCAAGAAGAUGCAGGAACUUCUAGAAGACUAUGACUUCACCAAAUUCCAUUCUCUGAAGCCAAAGCUGAUUGAAGCUGUGGACAACAUGCUGGCCAAUAAGGUUGCCUUCUUGAUGACCCUGGUGACCCAAGAAGAGCGAAGUAUGCCAAACCAGAAGGUGCAAGGUGGAGCAUUUGACGGCACCACAGCAGGGCCAUUUGACCGUGGCUAUGGGGAAGGUGCCAAGGAAGGUGCAGAUGAGGACGAGUGGGUGGUCGCCAAAGAUAAACCUGUAUACGAUGAAAUCUUUUACACUCUCUCACCAGUCAAUGGCAGAGUCUCUGGGGCCAACGCAAAGAAGGAAAUGUUGACCUCCAAACUGCCAAACAGUGUUCUGGGAAAAAUCUGGAAGCUUGCUGACUGUGACAGUGAUGGCAUGUUGGAUGAAGAAGAAUUUGCCUUAGCAAAACAUCUCAUCAAAAUAAAAUUGGAGGGAUAUGAACUACCCAGUAGCUUGCCUGUCCAUCUGGUACCUCCUUCACAUAGAAAAUCUUUACGUGGAGCACAAUGAUCAGUGCAUUAUGAAAACAUUAACCGCUGUGUUCUGUUACUCUAAAAACCACCUACGAUGGAUUUUUAAAUACCCUUUGAAAAUAAGGCUAUUGACAAGCAUAUUUGGCUACUUAAGAGAGAGAGAGAGAGAGAGAGAGAGAGAGAGAGAGAGAGAGAGAGAGAGAGAGAGAGAGAGAGAGAGAUAAAAAUCACAGUUGUGUUGGGAGAAAACCAUGAAAUCCAUGAGUGAUCAGAGCCUGUUUCACUGAAAGUAUGUGCACUGGAUACAUGAUUAUUAGUGCAGUCUUCUCAUUGUGUGUCAAGUACAUUCAGUGUAUGUAUAAUUUGUGAUAAAGGGUGUGGUAGCUGUUACUCCUUCUACAAGUAAAUGCCUUCAUAAGUUUAACAUGGCCCUGGAUUUUGAUGCUACAUUAUGUUCAAAUUAGAGCAACCAGCAAUGUAACAAGGGGUUGAAUUGGAAGUCUGCUUUUGAAAUGUGCAUAUUAAAAGUGCCUUUUCAGUGACCUUCUGAAAGAUUUUUUGUUUCAAACAGGAACAACGCUCUUGCCAUUUUUGCCAUAGUUACAGUCAAAACACUGAAAUAGGAUGGGUUGGUGUAAAAUAAUUUUAACUUUGAAAAUUAAUUCUUGUACAUUAAUUUCUUUAUUACUGCUUAUAUAUUCCCUUUAAAUUGAAAUGUAACUUUGAAAGCCACCAUUGUGGAGAAGAUACUGAUUUAUUCAUUAAUGAUACUUGAACUAUCUUAAUGAUAUCUGUAGUCUGAAAUUCAUAGAUUAUAAGGAUUCAGUUUGAUGCAGCUUUAUUCUUGGAAUUAAAAAUUAAAGGCUUGUACCAAAUAUCUGCAAAUAAAGAUGUAGCAGUCAGCAAUCGCCCUUCAGUCUAUGUUUCCUACCAAAUAUUGUUGGACUGAAACACACAGCAGCCUCAUCUAGCAUAGGCAAUAGCAAAGAUGCCCAUGUGUUCCUGUCCUACAAUAUCUGGGAGCCUACAAAAUUCCUGCUUCUUGUGUAAGUGUUUUUGUAUGAACAUAGAGUUCAAUUUAGAAAAACAACCAAUUGCUAUAAUGAGUUAUAUAUGCAUUUACAUUCAAAAUCCUAACAGAGUUUUGUACUUACUAUAGAAGUUACCCCUUAACUUUUUAUAACUAUGGCUGCCCAGAAUUUCCCUGUUGAAUCAGACCAUGGUUCUGUCUAAUCCAACCCUAUGUUGCCAAUAUAAAUGUCUUUGGGAAUCGUACAGAGAGUUGAAAGUUAUUCUAUCUCUGAUCACUACAUUUCCAUCCUGCAUCAUCUCUGAUAGCUAUUGGCAAAGUAUCUACUGUCCUAUUGUUUUAUAAAGCUACUAGCUGUGCCCGGCCAUGCUUUGCUGUGGCGAAGUAUGGUGGUAUGGGAAAUAAAGUAUUGAGUAUUGGUGGUAGUUAAGGUAAAGGGUAAAGGUUUUACCUUACAUUAAGUCCAUUAUAAAUGGGUUAUAUAGCUGCGUGGAAGGGCCUUGAGUCUAUACUGCCAUAUAAUCCAAUUAAAAUCAGACAAUCUGUAUUUUAUAGGCAGUGUGGAAGAGGCCUAAGUGAGGCCUAACUCUGCCUGUCCCCUGGGCUGAGUGGAUUGCUAGGAGACCAAGUGGGCGGAGCUUAGCCUUCUAACUGGCAGCAAUUGGAUAAAAACAAUUAUUCCUCUCCCUCUAAUUAGGACUUUAUUUUUCUUUUCUUUUUGUUGUAUGAACGUAGAGGCAUGGAUGAGGGGUUGUGCUGCCAAGUUUAGUGUUUCUGGGAUGUUUAGUUUUGUUGUUUUGUCCUAGGCUGAAAUGUCAUUACCCUUUUAUAUAUAUAGAUGUAGGUUAGUGACCAUUGUCAAAUAUUGUGGGAGUUAAUUUGAACUUGUAAUACUAUGAAAUCCUUAUUUUGUUUUGGGGUUGUUAAUUUGGAAUUUUUUGUUGCUUUAAGAAAGUAUGUUGUACUGAAAACAAUGCACUUUCUCUUUUCUGCAAUGUUUGUUUACAAAAAUCUCAGUUUCAUCCCAAAGUAUGACUUUACAAAAGACACCUGCACAUUUUAUGGGGCUAUCGUGUGUCAGUAAAAUAUGUGCUGACACAAACUUUGUUGUUGUGUGCCUUCAAAUUGUUUCCAAUCUAUGGCAAUCUUACCACAGGGUUUUCUUGGCAAGAUUUGUUCUACUUGAUAGUACUUUGUGCAACCAAAGCUGUGGGCUACAGUCCGAAAAUACACAUAGCGAGCUUUCUUUCAUCCCCUGGUCUUCUAUGCACUCCUUUCACCGUGUGGGCAGUCUCAAGUCUAGGGAUAUCAUAUGAAAAAGGAAGAUCCCUGAAGAGUAGAAUCAUUUUUCACAAAAUAGGACAUUUUUCAACCCUCCACCCUAGAUCUUUUAAUGUGGAAUUUCUAGGGAUUUGACCAUGGAAAGCAUAUGCUCAGCCAGUGAUCUAUCAUCUACUUCAAUAAUGCUGUUUUUGCAUCUUGGUUAUAGCAGUUUUCCCAUGCAUUAUAUUUUGGAACUGGUUCAUUACCAUAUGACAACUGAAAAGCUGACACUAUCUGCUUAGUAUAUCUUUUCAUGUCAGAAAUAUCAAUUGACUAGCAACUCACACCCUGAUUAUGUUACCUACUUGGAUGCAUUUUUUGCUUAGAAAAACAAGUCUAGGUUUGUGGUGUGAUCUUUUUUUCUCUCUCUUUGGAAUUAAAGAUUUUCAGAUAAUCUGUGAAAACCUUUUGUCAUCCUCCCCCCCCCCCCCCCACGGAUAGUAAUAGCAAAUUGAAAGAAUGUGGAGGUCUUGGGAGGGGAUUGACAUGGUCACAGCCCCAAAUAAUAGCUGGAAGAUCAGAUGAAAAUCCAAUCUUUAGUUAAGAUUCUUCUGCAAGUAGUUCUCAUUUGUUACAGUCCAUGAGGACUGGAAGUUUACCUCCCAAUACCAAUAGGAAAUAGUAAACCAUGGGGCAUUAAAUAGACAUCAUGAUGUUAAAUUCUGGAUUAUAUCAUUUUUCCCAUGACAAAGGAAGAACAAAACAUGUUCAUCCAAUUUCAUUUGAUCCUCACUCAAGGAGAGCCAUGUAUAUGGUUGAAUAUUGCCAUGUUGAGAUCAUCUUUCUUCCCUUUAUCCAGCGCAAUGGGGAAUAUUUCUCCAAUUCACUGUUUUCUUUUGAAAUUUCUUUAGUUCUUUUUAUGAAAUUACUUUCCUCUUUAUUGUGUUAUUCUGCAGGCAUUUUGGAGUUUUACAACCAAAAUUUGUUUUGUUUUGUUUUCCAUUUUUUUAAUGAUUAAAAACACCCUUGUUCAACAACUUCAGUGUUUGAAUGCCAUAAUGGCUUUAAAAACAUCACAGCAGUGUCUUUAAGAUGCACAAAGGAGUGUACUAGGUCUUUUUUCUGCUGUGGUUUUGUUAUUUCAACAGCUACGGGUUUGAAACAAAAUUACUAGCCUGGAACAAGAUUACAUGAGUGAUUCCCCCAUGCACCUGGCAUCUUGAGUGUCUCCUUUGCACAACUCCUGUUUGGGAGAUGUAUAAGCUGUAUCCACAUUAGAAACAUGGUCUCCCUUUUUCACAGAGACACAGCAAUUCUAUUGUUACAUCCAAAAUGUGGUUACCAGGGCAUUGUAAAUUGGACUUGCAUUCUUGCAAUGCAUUUAGAUAAUUGGGAUUUCAUUACAGAUGCCUUCACAUUCUUGGCCAUAUUUAAGAAUCUUUUAAAAAAAAUACCACCAUACAAAUAGAUGUCACCUUUGCCUAUUUCAGGUGUUAGUAAAAUGUGCCCUGACAAAGUUUUCCCCUUUGAUGUGCUUCCUAUAUUUUCCUGGACUAGCCUUUUCUGGAAGCCUCCAAGAAUAAAGAUUCAUCUGCUAAAUAGAUUGCAGUGUUCCUUGCAUUGUUUAACAUUUUCAAAAUCGAUUUUCAAAGACCAGAAAUGGACCUCUGAAAGGUCUGUGGUGUUUUGUUGCCAAAACAACAAGGACCUAAGGCUGUAAAUUAAUCAUAGAAAUAAAAAAAAACCUUGCCCAUUCUUGCCUUUUCCAGUUUCCACAAACUUCCAUACAGCUGUGAUUUCCUCAGCUACAUGUCCGGUUUUCAAAAUUGCAUAAAAAUACAUACAAAGGAAACAAGAAAGCCCCAUGGUAUUGAUGGAAAUCCAGUUUUUCUGACCAGUGGAAUCUGUAAAUAUAAACCUGUAGUUUUUUGUGAAGUGAUAAAUGGCAUUGGCAACAUAAGAUUCAAUGUUGAAUUGGCAAGUUCAGCUCACUAAAAUGACCCAUGCUCCCAUUGUGACCUAGAACCUUGAACAAGUUGUUAAACCUAAAUGUUAUUUCUCACCUUGAUCCUUCCUUUUUAUUGUGCCUGAGCUAUGUAAACUUAUUUCAAACAAAAAUUAUUAUAUUUAUCAUCCAAAAUUUGGUCUUUGCUAGUUUAAAUAUAGCUCACGCUAACUGUGGUCUUUUUAUUUUAAUGCAGCCUUCCAAAACAUGGUGCCACUCCAUCCCCUAACAGUGUUAUGGGAGUUGUAGCCCAAGGCACUCUUGGACUUUUUCAGGAUUAUGAAGGUUAAUAGGUCUACGUGUCUUUAAAAAUGUGAAUUUCCUUAUUUAAUCAAAGUGUUGUUUCUAUUUAAUUAGUGUUAACUAAUUAGAAGCGAAAUCAGCUUUUGAAAAAUCCACAUUGAUUGACUAGUCCUUGUCUCGAUGUUAAAUAUUUUAGGCAUAAACUAGAGAUAAUAUUUUAUACAUUUUUCUUUAAAACUCAAAGUAACAAACUUUUGGUGCACAUGUUUUCCCCAAAGGUUUAAAUUUCUUAGUAUUGCACUUUGAUUAUAUGCACAAAAAUAACAGAAACUGUAAUAUAUUUUUGUAUGUGCUUCUUAAUCUGCUAUUGAUUUUUUUUGUAAUUGUAUUAGAAAAAUGAUGGUCAAUAAAAUUAAAACAAAUA